CACCAUCACCACCAUGAUGGUGCGAUUGACGCCGCUGCGCUUGCUGUGUGCUGCUGCAGUGCUGUGCACAUUCUUCUUCUCGUCUUUUCUACCCGGCCUCUUUCGCGGAAAGCGUGGCUAUGACACGCUCCACGAGCACUCCCCUCCUGCCCGAGCCGGCCCUGUCUCGAAGGUGCACUUUGGCGAGGAGUGCUCUCCAUUCACCGCGGGCGUCAUGGACCGUGUCACCAUUGUGUUGAAGAUUGGCGCGGGAGAAGCGGCGACGCAGCUGCCUGUCUAUUUGAACCGCUUAGGCAGAUGCAAACAGGACCUGCUCGUCUUCUCGGAUCGCAAAGACCAAUACAACGGCUUCGAGAUAGCCGAUGCCCUCGCUCACUUGCGCCCCGAAUACAAGUUCAACAACCCGGACUUCGACGUCUACGACCGCAUACAGGCUGCGAACAGCUCCGAGUCCAAGUCAGACGAGGGCUGGCGGCUGGACAAGUACAAGUUUCUGCCCAUGAUGGAGUGGACGUCAUACAUGCGGCCCGAGUCGCAAUGGUAUGUCUUUAUCGAGCUGGAUACCUACGUCAACUACGACAAUCUACACCGUUUUCUGGCACCCUUCAAUCCAAAAACAGCCUACUACUUUGGCUCUCCCGUUUGGCCCAAGAAGAAGACAGUCUUUGCACACGGCGGGACUGGCUUCAUACUAUCGCGCGCUGCGCUGGACAAGAUCAUAGCUCUGGGCAGGAUGUUUGGCGAGAACAAGCACUUCCCCGGCACACACUUCUUUGGUGUGGAUAUGAAGAAGCAGUGCUGUGGUGAUGAAGUGCUGGCACAGGUGCUGAAGAAGAGUGGUGUGCCCCUCCGAGGCUACUGGCCAAUGUUCAACGGCGAGAAGCCCCCUACUGUUCGCUUUGACAAGGAACAGUGGUGCGAAGCCAUCAUCACCAUGCACCACCUCGCAGAAGACGAUUUCACGAGAUUGUCACAAUGGGAAUCGACCCGAUCGCAUCCGAGCAGGCCGCUGACGUUUGAAGAGCUCUUUACCAUGAUUGAGCCGCAUAUUCAAGAGAAAGCUGAAGACUGGUCGAACAUAUCCGAGGACGUUAGUUACAAAGCGGGCAAGGGCGCUGCGAAGUCUUUCGACAAAUGCUACAAGGCUUGCCUUGGCGACAGCAAAUGCUUCCAGUUCGAGUAUUCUGGGACAGAGUGCCGAUUAGGAUACUCUAUACGGCUCGGCCAUCACCAGCCACCCGCAGAAGAACGAACAUGGACAUCAGGAUGGAUGUUAGGUCGGAUAAAGGCUUUCAAACAAGCUCACUCGCCAUGUCAGGGCGCACGUUUUGUCCACUCAAACCCAUGAGCGGUAUGCUCAGAAGGAAGAGACGACACUACGAUAUCUAUUCUUGUACGAUUUACGGCAUUGUACGGCGUUUGAUACCCAUAUACACAUAAGUGAUGCUGCACUGUACAUAUUGGGCGGCGCGUUACCACAUUUCGGCUUUAGCUUCGGUCUCGGCGUUCUGGUUGAAGAUUUCCUUGGAGAAGAUUGGCUCCCAUCGUCGCACCUGCGACACAAUGUACAGUGUUUGAAAUUCAAAAGAGGCGGUCUUGAAAUACGUUUCUUUCGGUUCGAAUCUACAGUGGAGACUGCUAGUCGGACAAGCGUACGUCGUUUGAUUAUGCGCACUCGAUAGUUAGGACGUUGGGUAUGCAUCUUACAAAGCUGACAUUAUAUAUCAUUACCCUUGAAUGCUCAAUUAUCUAUUAGCAUCCACAGCCAUAUGACCCUGCGAGGCCUUUAGCAUGCCGUGGAGUUCAACCUGG